AAUAAAAGAAAACAUUAUACCUAUUUUCAUAAAACCAGAAAUAAAUUUAAUUCGUAAUAAAAUAUUAAAACUAUAGACUAUAGUAAUGGGACAAACUGGAAGCCACGACAAUACAACAAACAACGUUGUAGAUGAUCUACAAAUUGAGCUGAUAAAGCAUGCUAAAAUAUUUUCAGAGAUAGGAGCUUUAAGUUAUGAUGAUUUUAAAAAAUGUCUUGAAGAGUUGAACGAACUAUCAAGGAAAUGCUUGGAUACAAACGGAAAACAGUUAAUAUUUUUAAUAAAAAAAGGUACUGACACAUCAAUGUUUUGGAAGGCAACAGUGCGAAUUGCAUGCAUAAAAGUAGAUCCAUCUACAAGAAAAAUUGAAAAUUAUAAGUUCUUAAAUUUAAAACAAUUUUUAUGCGUAUUUAAAACAUUUCAAUCCCACCUUGAAUCGUUAUUAUCCAGCGAGGAAAAUCAACGGGUGCGACAGCAAGAAAAAAUCACAGCUUCAAUCCUUCUAGAUCAUGUUAGCGGUAUAACACAAUCAGUACCCAAAUCUCCAACAGAUUCUGAAAAUUCAGAUGACAGUGAUGAUCAUGCUUCAGAAUGCUGCAUUUGUUUAGAACGUAAAAUUGAAGUUUUACUACCGUGCACACAUGUUUUUUGUAGCCCAUGCAUAGAACAAUGGAAUAUUAAUAAUAAAACAUGUCCAGUUUGCAAUGAAACUUUAGAAAACACAAAUGAAUCAUGGGUGAUGCCAGAUAUUCCUGGUGUGGAAGAAAUCAGUGAUGAAAUUUGUUCAGAACUCAUGGAUUUAUCAAAAGAAAAUAAAUAAGCACACAUCAUCAACACAUUCGAAAUUCUACAAUUUGGUAAUUUUUACUGCCAAAAUGUUACCAUUCGUUUUUUCAAGCUUUGAUUUGAAUCAAAAACGAUGACAUUUUGUUAUUAAUCAAAAUCGUUCACGGUAUUCAACACAUUCUUUUAAGAAGUCAGAAAGAUAUUCAUAGUCAUAUUAAACAUUUAGAAGAUCAAAAUGAUAUAAAAAUACCUUUCCAUAACUGGAAAUGUUACGCAAAUGCAGAUCAUUUGAGAUAAACAUUAUAUGAUAAUAUAAAAAUGACUUGUAACGCAUUAGAAUUUUUGUUUAUUUUGUACAUAUUGGCUUAGAAUUCAAACAUUUUUAUGUAUGUAUAUAACUAAAAUAUACUAUAUUCUAAGAAAUUACUACAUUGUUCCAUAUACAUAAAUAAAAUAUGCAAUUUCUUCAAUUAACUUAAA